UACAACCUAACGUACUCUCCAUGUGACUGAAUUUUUGUGUUGGGACUUGGGGCAAACGGUAUCAUUAAGGACGCACUAAUUAUGGUUUCCACGGAUGAUAUGUUCUUCGUGGCCUGAAAAAAGAAAAGAAAAAAGAAAAAAAAGAUAAAGUACUCCAUCCUCUUUGUGAUAACGGCCACAGAUGUUUUGAGAGAAACAAAACAUGCUGCAGUCUGCUCCUCUUGCCCAGCCAAUCCGCUCCUUCUCUUCAGAGAAAAGCCCAAAUUGUAGGUCUCAAUCCCCAUCCUCAAAACCUCCCUUCCACUUCCUGAGGUUUCGGACAUCUUAUCGGGAUAAUCUACGGUACCUCAAUUCCAUCGGCAUCAUCAAUUCAGAUAAGAAGAUUCACCGAAACCCAUCCCCAGAAACCUUACUCCACAUCCUCUCCACUGUAAACUUCCUGAAAUCUAAAGGCUUUUCCGAAUCCCAUUUUGCUAGACUUGCUUAUCUCACUCCUCAGGUAUUUUCUCCUCAAGUUAACCCGGCUGAUUUGCAGCCCGUCUUUGAUUUCUUAACGACUGAGUUAGCUGCAUCAGAGGAAGAAUCCCGCGAUCUGAUUCUAUUAUGCCCUCACAUUCUUCAGUCCAAUGUUCAGUUUUGUCUGAGGCCUACCCUUUUGUAUCUUAGAGAUAUAGGUGUAGAAAGUUUGAACAAGCCCACUAAUUUAAAUGCUCAUCUUCUAAAUACCCGCGUUAAGAGAUUGGAAGACACGGCCAAGUUUUUGCUGGACAUCGGGUUCUCUCAAGAAGAGGCGACUAAAUUUUGUGGGAGGCUACCGGCCAUAUUUGGCUAUAGCAUCGACAACAAUUUGUUGCCCAAGUUUGAGUAUUUAGUCGGGGAGAUGGAAAGGAGUCUUGAUGAAUUAAAGGGGUUUCCUCAGUAUUUCGCUUUCAGCUUGGAAAAGCGGAUUAAGCCGAGGCAUCUGCAUCUGAAGAGAAGGAAUGUUGUGGUCAAGGAGGUUCCUUUGAAAAAAAUGUUGAUGUGGAAUGAUAAAAAAUUCUAUGCAAAAUGGAACUGGUGAGUUUCUGCCUUGAAUUUCUAUGAAUUGUCGCUAGUCCGGGGCUUCACUAUUUUAGACCAGCGAAGCACUAUAGAAUUUUUUUAUUUUUUUGGUCUAUUUAAGGUUUUGUUGUUGCACUGCUAUUGGCGGCCCGUGUCACAUGGAAGGAUGUCGGAAGCAUGGUAGGGAGUGUCCAAUUAAACGAGAGCAAAUUGUAUAAUGAAUCAUGAUUUUCGUCGA